GUUUUUAUAACGUAUCUCGGAUCGCGUUUCGAUGUAAACAAAUGGCCACCGGCGGAAAAGCAGAAAGCAAGAUUUCUGUUGAAUUUGAAGUUUUUGGAAAAGUUCAAGGUGUUUUCUUCAGAAAGAAUACUCGAAAGACAGCACAGUCACUUGGGAUUGUUGGAUGGGUAAAAAACACACCUCAAGGAACUGUGCAGGGUUCAUGUGAGGGAACUGAAAGUAAAAUGAAAAUUAUGAAGGAAUGGCUCUCAAAAAUUGGAAGCAAAAAUUCAAGAAUUGAUAAAUGUGAUUUUAAAAAUGAAAAAAGUAUACAAAAAUUUGAAUAUAAGUCAUUUAAAAUUUCCCAUUAGUGCUAAUGCUCAUCAGUUUUACCAGUAAAUGCUUUUAGUAUAUAUCUGUUAUGAAUGGAUAUCUCAGAGUAGGCAGCAUAUUGUAUAAUUGAAUAUUAUGUUGAAGUUUAUUUAUUUUCAAAGAAAAGAUUGUAUAAUUGAAUAUUAUGGCUUAAAUUUAUUUAUGUUUUGAUAAAAAUAUAUUUUUAUGACUUGA